AUGCAGCACACCAGAGGACAAGAGUCUGAGUUGGCGAGGACGCUCUCGCGCUCGCGCUCUCGCUCCUGCAGCACUAGUAUUUCGAGCGACUCGCAACUCUCCCGCAUUCAUCUUUUCGCCCCUCCAUCUGUGAAUCCGCCGCCAUCCUUUAUCGCGCCCUCAUCCGCAUCUCAAAUUAUUACUACCGACCAGGAGUUCAAUGCUGCCGAUUUCUUGGCCGAUGACGAUGACGACUCCGGUGCCCUCGUCACAGCUGAGGCCUUGUCUGCCCUCAAUGGAUUCCUCGAUCACCUUCUUUUCAAUAUCCUCGCAUCUGCCAAAUCGACGCAAUUGGCUUCGAUCCGACCUGCUGUCGCCGAUGUGCUGAAGCCCCGGCUAGCAAAAGAAGUGGUUUCUGUCGCGGACGAGGAACUAAGCGAGUAUCUCGGAGAGCCGGAGGACGAGCAGAUUGAGUUUCGAGGUGGCCAGACACCGAACGGUGAAUUCGACUUAGUUCGCACUUGGAAAUUGACCCGCUUGCGAUGCAUGGUAUACACGCGCCUUGGUGAUAUGGAAGAAGAUGACGAGGAAGAAUACAUUUCUCAGGAAGGCCUGGCGGACGAUGAAGGCGCACCGCGGCGGUUCACCAACCAUAUCGGAAAUAUCACUCCUGCCGCAGCCAUCUUUCUAACUUCCAUCAUCGAGCAUAUUGGAGAACAAGCCCUUGUGAUUGCCGGAGAGACAGCUCGGUCUCGGCUGUCACCCAGAUUAGUGUCUGAGUGUGACGAAAACGAAGAACUUGAGAAAGAAAGGGGCAGUAUGAAUCACUUGGUAGUGGAAGAGCUGGAUAUGGAGAAACUAGCACUGAACCCAACACUUGGACGGCUAUGGCGAACAUGGAGGAAGCGUACACGUACGCCGAAUCUUUCUCGGAUGACAUCGCGAGACUCAAUACGGCGACGUGGCACUAUUGGCCCUAUUUUGCAUAGUAGAAAAAGCAGCUUUUCCGUUGCCGAUGACGCCCAAAGCCAAAUUUCAACUCUCGUUGAGGAGAAGACCAUCGUUGACCCAGCAUCCGUUCCCUUGCCUGUGGAUGAAAAUGAUGUCCAAGAACUUGAGGAUCCGGACCUUUCGCCGGAUAUGGAGGGCGGCGAUAUUCAGACCAUGCAAGCCGUGAUCGCUCACAAAGUCCGCCCCCACAGUCUGAUGGUUCUCACUUUGCAAUCCCCAAGAACACCAACCUCGCGCGCAAGUUCGCCUGCAACUCCUGUUGCGCGCAGCUCAUCUGCCACCCGCCAUACCCGGUCCCGAUCCUUGCCCAGCGCUCCUUACCCCCCAGACGUUCAGGAGAAAGUCCCACAGCCUGAUCAAGCAUCUCGCCGACCCUCCCCCACAGCUUCCGAAGAGCGGCGCCGUCUAGAGACCAUGUACGAGGAGCGUGAGGAGACGGAAAAGGCGGGAAAGGAUGAACAAGAGACCUUCGAUGCUCAGAAGGUUGAAGCUCGUCCGGCAACAGCGGGGGCUUCACAUGAAGUAGAGAAACAAGAUUGGCCAUUGCAAACACCCGAUUCGAAUAGCCUUGCUGAGAACCGGAUCAGAAACACCGCUCAGGAGACGACCAGAGAACCCACUGAAAUUGUGACUGAUCUAGUCCCCAGCGGUCCGCAGGCACCAUCAACAUUCUUUAUUGAAAACGACACUGAAGUUAUUGAAGGGCAAGGGAUGGUAGAGAAGCCAAGCUUGACAUCCGUGCAGCGGCCAAAGCGCAAGCCGAGCAAGGAUGUUACCAAAGACCAGCGUUCAAUCACCUCUGCACCCUUUUCGACCGAUUUAGUGGCGACGGCUGCUGUCGUGUAUCCGACAGAAAAACAAAGUGACGAUGUAUCCACUUCGGUGCAUCCUGUUCCUGUCCGCAGUUCUUCCUCAGGGUUGAGUGCGAGUCUCCCUCCUACUCCAGUUCGUGAAGUCCGCCCAUCGCUGGAAAGCGUCCGAGGAUCGAGGCCUGCUUCGAACUCCGGUGAUAGCGUACGCUCCAACUAUUCACGGACAUAUCAUCGUCCCAGUCCUCUGGUCUUGACGAAUGGUAACCAUCGUUCCCCGACGUCAUCUGUCUCAAGCUCGAUGACAGAACGUGCUGCAGUGCAGCGUAUUUCAACAAGGCCCUCGACUUCCGCCGCCCCGUCGAUUCAGACAACCACUCUUACCAAACCGCGCAGAUCUGGCAGCUUCGGUAGCCACCGAGAAAAGCGCCCAAUGACUGCCGGUUCAACCACGUCUCAAGUUUCAACUAAACUGAAGGGCCUGAUUAGCCGACCAGCCGAGCCGGCUCCUCUACGUCUUCGUAGUUCUUCCGAAACGAGCAGGGCAUCUGCCACCGCUGGAGGAGGUCCGUAUGACGAUACCACCGGCCUGGAUGAAUUGAUCCGCAGCGAAGAAACGCUCCACUAUACUCUGACCCCGAGGAGCGUUCGAGAGAUGGAUUUCCCCGAUGUGCCGAAAUGGAAAGCGCAGAGAUCACACACGGCAGAGUUGGCGGACUUCUUGAAGAGCAAUGGCCCGGACGACGCACCAAAUUCGCCAAAUCAGUCAAAUACCAAGGCUAUGGUUCCCCGAAGGGUCACAUCAGAUGCGCAACCUUCGCCCAAGUCCAGAGCCAUUGACGUGCCCAAACACUCGCCAAUUCAUGCAGUUUCGAUACCAAACAGACAAAAAACGAAAGCUCCACAACCUCGUGACGCGAGACCCAGCCUUGAGUCGAGCUCCGACUUUGCACAGUUUAUCAGAAAUUCCGGGCCCAGUAGCCCCACAGCUACUAGUCCCUCAGCUACUAUCAAGUCUGCGCCUGAUCGUAGGUUCUCUGAUGCCACGGAGUUGUCGAAGAGACCUUCUCGAGCCGACAGCUCUGUCUCAAGAAUGUCAGCACGCGGACCCAGACUGCAGGCUCGACCGGCUGCAGUUCCCAAAGGUGAAGUAACAUCUGACUUGAUCGAUUUUAUUCGUGAAGGUCCACCAACUGUGGGUGCCCGCCGCAUCCCGCGCACUGUGGCGCCUUUCCGCAGCACAAUGGAUUCGGAUGAUCUCAACUAUGAGCAGGGUACUCCCUCAGUCACCAGCACUCAGGGAGAGUCGAUCGCAACCAAGUCACAGAUCUCUGUUAGUUCCCGCACCGGUCUGCUCGAGUCAGCAAAUGGGGCAGGCGUCCGCGCAGGCCCUCCAAAGGUGCAGCCGAGCUCUUCUGCUAGACCCAAUGAUGAAGAUCCCCGUCCUAAGCGGACUCAACGUCGUGUACCAGACCCCUAUGCCAUUGAUUGGGACGAUGACGAGUUUGAGGUGAUGCUAGAGGAGCCGAAGCCGAAGCGCGAGGAGGAAAGCUUGAUAGACUUUCUACGCAAUGUACCUCCUCCUCAAGCGGAACCUCAGACCCAGCCGGUCGCCCUGAGCAAUCCCCCUUCCAAAGCGGUGACGGGCGGCCUCGGAGGCGCGUCAGGGAUGAAGGCUCGACUGCUUCGCAGCAGCUCAUCGGAGAAGACCCCCUCACUAAAGUCUUCUAAGAAUUCUCUGCGAUACCAGCCUGAUCAGCACUCCAUAGGAUCGUCAAAUUACACGACCAAGGUUGGCGCGGAACGCCGUACAGGUGCCUCAUACGGCCUCGCCGCGGUCACAGAGCGACAGACAGAGACCAGUGCACUAGCUGACUUCCUCCGUAACACUGGACCACCCGAACCCCCUACUCCUCGCGCUCCACCACCGAAGGAAUCGAGUUUCUCGCGUCGUCUUUUCAUUCGGCGGAAGAAGGUUGAAGCCUAA